AUGAUGACCCUAGUCGAGACUCCCGGCAAAACUCCCACGGGACUCCUGUCACGGGGUCCUGCGGGAUCCUGGAGGAUCCCGAAAGAGAAAGAAGCCGCCAUGUCAACAUUGUAUGUCGGGCAUUUGAAUCCUCGCACGUUGAAACGUGAUAUAGAAAAGUUAUUUGAGUCAUAUGGCGAAAUAAAACAAGUUCAUUUUAAAGGGGCAUAUGCUUUUGUCGAUUUCUAUGAUGGGCAUCAAGCGUGUCAAUGUGCACAUAAUCUAAACGGAAAAACUGUACUUGGUGAAAGAAUAACUGUUGAACAUGUACAUGGCAGUGCCGGUAUCUGUUAUGCUGAUCAAGAUCGUUUACCCCGUCACAGUAACCCUCCACCGAUUCCCUCACCAUAUCGAUCAUCAACUAACGGCCGUAGUCAUCGUACACCAGAAAGAGAACGUGAUCGAAGUUAUAAAUGUUCAUCAUCCACAUUCAGUAACAAGUACACAUCAUCGAAACAACGACAUCGUGAAAGUUCAAGAGAAAGAAAAGUUUACUCCGGCUCGUCUUCUUCUCAAAAACCGGCAUGGAUAGAUAAAUAUGGAUUACCAACAAGAACAGCAUUUAGAAUUGUUGUUACAAAUCUUUCCCGACGAGUCUCCUGGCAGGAUUUGAAAGAUUUAAUGAGAGAAGCAGGAGAAGUCACCUAUGCCGAUGCUCAUCGACGUAAUACACAUGAAGCAUUUGUUGAAUUCAUAUCAUGUAAAGAUAUGCAAAAUGCGAUCAAACGUUUUGAUUGUACAAAUUUGAAAGGCAGGAUUAUACGUGUUAGUCAAGAUCGAGAGAAUGCUCAUCCAACAUCAUUAUCUGAUUUUUCACUACGUGAAUCUCAUGAAACUCGAAAUAUUUGUUCAUCAUCGUCUAAUCGUCACAAUGAUAGAAGUGAAGAUAGUAACCAUCGUUCAUCAACAAAAAAUUUAAAACGUUCUUAUGAUGAUAAUGGUGAUUCCAUUCCAAAUGAUAGAAAACGCCAAACAAUAGGAAAAGAAAAAAAAUUGUCAACAAAACGUCGCUCAGUUUCUUCUCGUUCAUCUCAAUCCAUUAACGGUCACGAUAAUGAUGAAUAUUUAAAUAAUGGUAAAAAUGGUGUAGACGGUGUUGCUAUUGAUCAGAAUCAGCACAAUGGAGAAAAGAAAAAAGCUGAAGAACUAUUAUCAGUAACAGUUCCACAGCAUGAAUCAAAUAAACAAGAACCAAAACAAGCAAUUACAGAAUCAUCCGAUAGCUUAGAUGAUGUAUCAGAGACAAAGAUAGAUGAGAAUACUGACAACACUGACAAAUAUAAUGCUGAAGAUGACGAUUUAACAGUAAGUUCAAGUGAAUUAUCGAGUAAAAAUCAACAUUUAGAAGACACAAGCACGAACGAUUUGAAUAGUGACGAUAGUGUGAAAGAAAAAAAUACAGCCGAUGUAUUAAAGCAGCUAAAAAAAGCAUUGGCAGAUUUUAAUAUAAACAUCAAUGAACAAAACGUUAUGGAUGAGCCAAUGGGUGAUUUCUCAACGACAAAAGAAACACCAUUAUCAAAUCAAAACAAAUUAACAAAAACGAUCGAACAGCUUCAGCGGACAUUAAAAAAAGCGAAGCCAUUAUUAAUGAAUCUAAAGCAAUCAAAUCAACAAGUAAUCAAAAUACGAUUUGCAACGAAAGAGGAUGAAACAUCUACGACUACGACGACAACACCGUCUAACACUGAUACAAUGACAAAUUCAAUUGAUGAAGUUGAGAAAAAAAACGAUGAGCAAGAAAGAACUAUUAGUGAGUAUCUACCAAAUUUAACUGGAUGGAUAGAAACUGAUGAAGCUGAAGAUACCUCAUCGAAGACAGAUUUGUUAAAAGACGGUCAAGAACAAUUUAACUACGAAGAUAAUGAUAUUAGACAAUCAAGUGCAACCACUACAACAAUGUUUGAAGAAUUAGAAGAUGAUGACGAGAAAAAUGAACCAUUAACACCAGAAUUAGAAUUAGCCAAUAAUUUGUAUCAUAAGGGUAUAAAAUUAAUCAAUGAAACAAAGAAAUACCAUGCUGAAGCAUACAAGACGUUUUUAAGAGCAGCUGAUCUUGGCAGUAUUGAAGCAAAAGAAGAAUUGGCAAUGGAACAUUUGAUAGGUGAACAUCUACCAUUGAAUUUUACCCGUGCGAAAUUAUAUUUUGAAGAAGGUAUUCUUCAAGGAUCACCAAGGUCCCAUUUUGGUCUUUCAUUUAUGCACAGUGCUGGUUUAAUUGCCAAUUCGAGUAUUCCAAAGGCGUUGGUUUAUUUGACGUUUGCUGCUAUUGAUGGUGAUAGCUUAGCUCAAAUGGCUUUGGGUUAUCGAUACUGGAGAGCAGUGAGUGUUCCACAUAGCUGUGAAACAGCUUUACUUUAUUACAAACAAGUUGCAACGGAGGUUGCAAGUAAAAUUACUUCCUCUACUGGUCAAUUAAUUCAAAGAAUACGUUUAUAUGAUGAAGAAGAACAUCCGAGUCAGAAUAAUAUAAUGGUUGAUGAUGAUCUCCUUCAGUAUUAUCAGUUACUUGCCGAUAGAGGAGAUACACAAGCGCAGUAUGGACUUGGUCAAUUAUAUUAUUUACGAGAUACAGCAUUCGAUAAAGCAUUACAUUAUUUUCGUUUGGCUGCGGAGGGUGGAAAUUCAAAUGCAAUGGCCUAUUUAGGAAAAUUAUUUUCUGAGAAAAAUGACUAUAUUAAACAAAAUAAUAUAACAGCAUUAAAUUAUUUUCAAAAAUCUGCGGAGAAAAAUAAUCCAAUGGGACAAGCCGGUGUCGGUAUGAUGUAUUAUUAUGGAGCUGGGGUUGAGAAAAAUUUUGAAAAGGCAUUGAAAUAUUUUCAAUUAUCAUCUAAUCAAGGUUACGUUGAAGGACUUUUAAUGUUAGGAAUUAUGUAUUAUAAUGGUGAUGGUGUACAACGUGAUUACAAAAUGGCUGUGAAAUAUUUUAAUGCUGCCUCUCAAUCGGGACAUGCACUCGGUUAUUACAAUUUGGCACAGAUGCAUUCAACUGGAACGGGUGUUCUUCGUUCAUGUUCGACAGCUGUUGAACUGUUUAAAACUGUGGCUGAACGAGGCCGAUGGUCAUCGAUGUUUAGUGAAGCUUAUCAUUUAUACAAACAAGGACAUAUUGAUCAAGCAUUAGGAAAAUAUUUGUUUCUAGCGGAACUAGGCUACGAGACAGCACAAUCAAAUGUUGCCUAUAUUCUUGAUCAAUCUCAAAUUAGUAUCUAUCCAUUUAAAAGUGAAUGUUAUCGUCGAGCAUUAAUCUAUUGGAAUCGUGCAGCUGUACAAGGAUUUCAUGCUGCUCGAGUUAAACUAGGAGAUUAUUACUUUUAUGGUUAUGGCACAGAAAAAAGUUACGAAAUAGCCGCCACACAUUAUAAACUUGCCAGUGAUCAAAGUCCAAAUCCACAAGCCAUGUUCAAUUUAGCUUAUAUGCAUGAAAAAGGUUUAGGACUUAAAAAGGAUAUUCAUUUGGCAAAACGAUUUUAUGAUAUGGCUGCUGAGACAAGUACUGAUGCACAAUUACCGGUGGCCAUUGUUUUAUUCAAGCUACAUUUAGAAUUAUUUUGGGAAAAAUGCAGAGUGUAUUCAGAAUCAAUAUUCCACUUUAAUUUCACCUCAUCAUUAACUUCCUAUGGUGAUGUAUAUUUGAUGGCGGUGCUUGGUGCUUUAAUUGGUUAUCUAUAUACAAUACGUCGACAACGGGCAAAUAGAUUAUUUAUGACACAGGAGCCUCCACGAGUAGAUCAACCACCACCAGCUCAGCCGCCUCCAGUUCGCCCACUUAUUGGCUCUUCUCCAUUAUGUACACGUUUUUUAAAUGUUUUAAUGUGUUACAUUUGCUCACCGGAACAACAUCGCUUUUAUCGGUCGGAGCGUCUUCAUGUAUGUCGAUCAUAUUGUGACAAUAUGUAUCGUGCAUGUGGCAGCGCACUGAUGAAGGGUACCCCAAUUCAACAGUUGUAUUCAGAUGGCACCGAAUUUUGUUUAAGUAGACGUUUUGAGGUUCACCAUAAUGAAGUAGUGAGCGAAAAGACUAAUUACACUGCAACAUCGCAACAAUCACAAGGAAAACGUGAAGAGAUGAUAGCAUGUUUUAACGAUAAUGUUGAUGAUGCCAGCGUUCUUGGACGUUCAUCGUUUAUCGAACGACCAAGUUUUGUCAAAAUAUUCAUAGUUAUUAUUAUUGCAGCUAUGCUGAGUUUUCUAAUAUGUUAA